AUGGGUAGGCCAUGGUCUAUUAGUGAAGAAGGAAAACUUUCCGAGUUCGUCAAUACUAAAAGGUGGGAUCUGAUCGCAUUUGAACUCGGAAGAACCCCUUCAGAAUGCAGAAAACAUUAUUAUGCGCUUAAUGAAGCGCAAAUACCUCGUAGAAAUAGAAAUCUACGUGUUCAACGAAAUCUUCAACCUCUUAGGAACCGUCAAAUAAAUAACGCGGAUCCUGUAACUUUAGCAAUACCUCGGCGAUACCCUAAACUUUCAAUCAACUAUAUUUUGAAUCGUGAUCGCAAAAUGGAAAUCAAGUAUCUUUUAAAUCGUUAG